UACCAUUUCCAAGAAUUCCUUGGAGACUUCCCUACUGCAGCUACAAUGUCAUUUUACAUGGGCUUUGCAGGAGCAGGAUGUAGAUCUCGAUUGCCUAGAGGAAAAAACUGUCGAACGAAUUGAGUUUUCCAUGCAAUCCAACAGCAAUGAUUAUAAUCUACUAGCCUAUGUAUGCCACUUAAAGAAUUCAAAUGAAGAAGCCCUGAAAAAUCUCCAAAAAGCUGAACAAGUUAUUCAAAAACAUCAUCCGGAUGAAAGUGCCGGGAGAAAUCUUGUUACCUGGGGGAACUAUGCCUGGAUCUAUUACCACAUGGAGAGAUACGAAGAAGCUCAAAUUUACAUAAGCAAAGUGGCAGACAUCAGCAAAAGUCUUUCAAGUACUGCUGAUGGGAAGAUUCAGCUUCCAGAGGUCUAUUGUGGGCAAGGGUGGGCAUUAUUACAUUUUGGGGAGAAAUACUACGAGAGAGCAAAGGAAUGCUUCGAAAUUGCUCUAAAGAAGGAACCCAAUAACCCAGAUUUUAAUGCCAGCUAUGCAAUAGCGAUGUAUCGUUUGGAAAAAAUAGCCUACAGAUAUAAUGAAGAGGCAGUCCCAUCCUUUGAGCUCCUGAAGCGUGCAGUGGAACUGAAUCCACAGGAUACUUCCCUUAUGGCAUUACUUGCAUUAAAGCUUCAGGACUUACAGCAAGUUGCUGAAGGGGAGAUGUAUAUUGAAGCAGCCAUGCAGAAAACCCCUGAUCAUCCUUAUUUCCUGCGAUAUGCUGGUGUGUUUUACAGAAGGAAAGGAGAAGUGGACAAGGCAGUAGAGAUUUUGAAAAAGGCCCUAAGAUUGGCACCAAAUUGUAACUUUUUGCAUCACCAACUAGGAAUCUGCUACAGAGGAAAGAUGCUUAAAUUGAAAAACACAAGCUAUCCACCUCAAAAGCAAGUGGAGGAACUCAUCCAGCUUGCCACAUUUCAUUUUAAGAUAGUGGUAGACCGAAGGCCAAAAUUUUUUACUGCCCAUACUGACCUAGCAAACAUGUAUGCAGAAGGCAAGAGGUAUGAAGAAGCAGAAGAGACAUUUCAGAAAGUGCUUCACAGAGAUGAUCUACCUCGUACUGAAAAACAACUACUCUACUUCAAUUAUGGCAAUUUUCAGCGUUUUCACAUGAAGUCAGUCUCUAAAGCAAUUCACUAUUACAUAGAAGGGCUGAAAAUUGAAAAAGAUUCCUAUGGAAGAAAUAAGUGCAGAGAUGCUCUGAAGAAAUUGUUGGAACAGAAAAUUCAGAGAGGUUCAGGAAAUGCAACAGAUUUUGGCAUCCUUGGACUUGUUCAUAAACUAACGGGGAAAAAACAUGAAGCAAUUGAGUGCUAUGAGAAAGCCAUUGAGCUGGAUCCCAACAAUGAAGAUUAUCGGAAUGCAUUAUUUGAGCUGCGCCUUUCCAUCUCAAGCUAA